CGUUUUCGAAUGUCAUUUAAUUUAAUAUAAGCCAAUGAGCGAGAAAUCCCCGCGGUCGCCGGCAAUCAGAGAUCGAAGAGGAGAGAGAUGGCGAGUGGAGAAGCAUUGAUCGCGUACAGAGCGCUACUACGAGCAACUCGGAAAUCUUUCGCAGGCGACUCGGUGAUGCUGAACGCAUCAGCCUCUGAGGUGAGGAAGAAAUUCGAGGAGAAUCGUCACGUGACUUCCCAGACUGAGAUUCAAAGGCUCCUCGAAGAAGCACGUGAAGCCUCCCAUUUCAUCUCUACCAUGAUCGUUCAAGCUGAGCUCAACGAACGAGGCGGCUAUGAGAUGAAGCUUGAUAAUCACCAUGCUGGAGCAACACUUGAAGUUCCAUCUGAAGAGAAUCUUCGGAAAUUUGUGUAAGGAAAGGAAUGUGGAACUUCAGUGAUAUGAAUUUGUGCACUGGCUUUAGACUGGAUUUUAAACUGUUAGGAGCCCCUUGUGAAAGAUUAUCCUGUUCUAAGUUAUUCAGGUCCCAUCAAUUACUCGGAUAACUUUUUUUUUUCUGUGCUUCCUUUUUAUGCCAAUAUCAACUAAAAUAAAUUGUCCUUGUCAUAAGAGUUUUACAUUCAGUUGCUUCUGAUAUGUAUGUCUAAAAACUCAAAGGCCGAACUGUCUGCUAAACUGCAAGAUGCCCUUCUUCUUUUGCUAUCUAUGGAAUUGGUUUUGUUUGAUUUCUCUUACAA